UUUGCCAUUCAUAAUUUUGAGGUGCAAGGUAUCUUCUUAAUUUCCUCCGAUUAUUAACCAUUAAACAAUAUAAUAAUUUAUUGCAUCGGUUCUCAUGUAUUCCGUUUGAAGAGGAAGUAGUCUUAAUUAGUCCAACUGUACCUUCUGAAAUGAUAGAGCUAGAACUACAAUAUAACGAGAGAGAGAGAGAGAGAGAGAGAGAGAGAGAGAGAGAGAGAGAGCGAGAGAGCGCGCGCAAGAAAGACAUAUAGACCUUUAAUAACAGUAAUACAAUGAAAGAAAGGUGUAUUGGUGCUAUAUAAAUUAUAGUGAUGAUAUUGAUGAUGUUUAUUACAGCCUACAUUAUAUGAUAUUAUAGUUUCAGUAUCUCAGAAACUGCUUAACUCCAGGGAUUUUCACGCACAACAGUCAACAGUUAACAGAGAAUGAUGCAAAAAUAAAAACAUCCAGCGAACGGCAGUUCGGUGGGUGAAAAGGCCUUGGUAAUGAGAGAGGUCAGAGGAGAAGAGCCAGACUGGUUCAAGCUGACAGGAAAGCAACCGUAACUCAAAUAACCACGCAUUACAAAAGUGGUAUGCAGAAGAGAAUCUCUGAACACACAACACGUUGAACAUUGAAGUAUAUGGGCUACAGCAGCAGAAGACCAAAUAAGCCUAAGAAAUACCUAAUAAUUUGAUUACUGAGUAUACAUACAUACAUUCUUAUUCCACAUUCACUAUAGGCCUACUUGUUUUUCCUUCUUCUUCUUCUUCUUCUUCUUCUUCUUCUUCUUCUUCUUCUUCUUAUUAUUAUUAUUACCAUCAUCAUCCUCAGUGUUUUCAUUCACUACGUUUGUCUUGAUCGCUUUCAGGGGAAUUAAGAGGAUGAAAUGGUGAGACUCCUGUAACUUUUGGGUGACCCCUUACUUGACAAAGACCGUCCCCAUCAAUUGUCUUGGGGAGUUCGGCUCUAUUUCUGAGUGCCACGGGACGUCUUUUUUAUUGUUUUGUUCUUGUUUUUUUUGCAAAUCACUCCUUUAGUGGUUUAUUAUUCAGUACAUCAAAUCAAAAUAUGAUUGAACGAAUACACGAAUGAAUUAACAGCCCGAAAUUUAUUACAGUCUUUACGUUCUUAUUAAAGAGAUAAAUUGCGCACUUCCGCUCUCCCAGUCGCGGUUGACAUUAUGUUCUACAUAUUGUUUAACAUUCAUCAUAUUUAAUCAGGUUUGCAGCUAUGUUUUAAUGUUUCUGUUUGUUCUUUUGAAUUGAAAUAUGUUGUUUAUUUUAUGAAAAUUGCUGCUAUAUGUGCACAUAUCCGUUUAUGACUCACUUCACAUUGAUUGGCUAAUCCGGUCACAUGGGUGUCGAACAAUACUCAGUUGACAGAAAGUAGGAGGGCUUUAUGAAGGGGGGAAACAGAUAACUCCAGAAAAAUUAGUAUUUUCCACCUUAAGAAAUGAAUCGACAUGAGUUCGUAUAUAGUAAACUCCAAGUAUGUGGAUCCAGAAUUUCCUCCAUGUGCAGAAUAUUCGCAGAACAGCUACAUCCCCACCCAGGACACUAAUUUCCAGAAUGCAGUCAUGUAUUCACGGUCAAAUUACACCGAGCAGCACUACAGCUGUAAUACAGUCCGGGGCGACACCGUGCAGGCGCGGGGUCAUGCACAGGAGCAGCCGAGCCAAAGCAGCCCUUUCACCGCUCGGACUGAGCCCUGUGCCCCGGUCCAAAUGUCCGGGCCACAAAAAAACACAAAGCGCCAAACCGGAAUAACAGCCAGACAACCAGCGGUAGUCUACGCCUGGAUGAAGAAAGCCCACGUUACUACGGUGAACCCGGAUUACACCGGACCAGAGCCCAAACGGGCACGGACCGCGUAUACAAGACAGCAGGCUUUAGAACUGGAAAAGGAAUUUCACUUUAACAGGUACCUUUCAACGAGGCGACGAACUGAAAUCGCCCACACGCUCUGUCUUUCCGAGCGUCAGAUAAAAAUCUGGUUUCAAAACAGACGGAUGAAAUGGAAAAAAGAUCACAAGCUCCCAAACACAAAAGGGCGAUCAUCCACGGCUCAGAAGCAGCAUUUACACAAGGCACAGGAGGACACCCAGGUUGACAUCACAGCACUGUAAGAGAGUGAGACGCCUCGCGUCUUAUUGACAGCUUUUCGUGUGGCCCCGACAUGGCGUACAUGAAUUACAUUUUUGGUCGGUACCAUUUAAUAUUGAACCGAAUCCAAGCUGCACAGCAAAUAGCCUGCAGAAGCAACACUACUGAAUUGGCGUACAUAUAUAUAUAUAUAUAUAUAUAUAUAUAUAUUUUUUUUUUUUACUGUAAACAGAUGACAAAAGCAUUAAGGAAAGAAAUACAUAUACGAGGUACAGUAGAUUGCAUAUACAUAAGACAUUUUUUCCCAUUUGCUAUCAGUCAAAUUAUUAUUUUUGUCAACGUUGUUGAAAUUAACAGUUUUUAUUCAGGUCCUCCUUCCUCAAUAUGAUAAUGUUUAAUAAUCAAUCGGCCGUAAAUUGCUACUAUUAUGUGGUCAUAUUAACCUUUUUUGAAAAAUAUUGGAUACAUACUAUGUCAAUAAAUUUCACUAUUGCAUACAAAGUAGCAUUAUUGUUUUCAUUGCUUUACUUGUAGGCUACAUUUUACAGCAUGUAGAAUUUAACUGUAACAUUAAGGCGUACUUUAGAAAUGUGGAUAUGGGGAUCAAUUUAUUCGCUUUACUUUCCAGUAUAUAAUACGCUGAACUGCACUUAUUGGUCCAACUGAAAGCGUUGAACCAAUAUGAAAGCUGUUUGAGCAGUUAUUAUAUGUAAAGCUGUUUUCAUUAAGUUUGUUAAUGACUGUUAAUGUGCUUACUGAACUCAGGCUAGCUAGCUACCACAGCAUUCAUUGCUGACACGAGGGCAACCAACAUGUUUGGAAAAUGUAUUUUUUAUAUGCAAGGUUUACAUAGGAGUCAGUGUACUAUGGAAGUAGCCUAUAUGGCGUUAUAGGCAAUACAUACGACUGCUUACGUUGUUUUAUUUAUUUAAUAUCAUUAUAAAAUUAUGUUAAUGAUUU